AUGGGAAAAGUAGUGGGAGUAAGACGUGGCUCGGUACAUGACGUGGAAACAGUAAAACCAAACGCGAAAUUCACAAUGACAUUAUUUGGAGCAAAUUUAUGGCCCAGCAGAUAUGAAUCAAUUUGGUUAACUGAUGCAGACCACUGUGUGGAUUCGUUUCGCAUGAAAAAAGCUGUUUACUACCUGAAUGUGGUUGAUGAAUUUUCGUAUGAAAAUGCAUUAGUGGUAGAACAGAAGGAUGGUAUUCCUGAAGAUAACCAUUUUUAUUUGUUAUGUGUUAAACCAUCGUCUUAUAACAAAGCCACUUCAAGCAAUAUACGCGUGAAACUGUUGGCAUCUCGGAGUCCUUAUUGGAUGCCUUUUUCACUGCAAGCAAUGGUUCUUAUAAUCUUAUUGAUGUUAAUAAUGAGUGCUCUUUUUUCGGGUCUUAAUUUGUCAUUCACAUCGGUCGCGAUUAGUGAAUUAAAUAUUAUCAGUCGUGUGGGCGAUGCAUAUAAAAGCCGUCUAGCUAAAAAUAUCAUUCCGGUGCGCAAACAUCUCAACUGGCUCAUUUGUACAUUUACAACAGCUAAUGCAAUUAUUAAUUGUGGAUUAUCAUUGCUACUCGAAAACUUUCUUGAAUACAUAAGUGACGGUAGAUUACCAUUCCUUCCGUUAACGCUUGUGACAUGCAUCAUUACUGUUAUUUUUGGCGAAUUACUUCCACUGGCGAUAUGUAAUCGAAGAGGUCUACAAAUUGCCAGUAAGACAUGCUAUGUCACCUGGUUUACAAUGAUUGUUUUAUCACCUGUUGCUUGGCCAAUUUCGAAGAUUUUAGACAUAGUCCUUGGAUCUCAAGGAUGUGAAGUGUAUGAUAGAAGUAAAAUAGAAUUUUUAAUUUUGGAAGCAGCAAGGACAAGUUCUGCAGUUUUCUCAGAGAUUCUAAAGAAUGCAAUCAAUCUACCAAGAAUUCGAGUUGGUAAUGUUAUGACACAGAUUGAUGAAGCAUUUCUCUUAUCAACAACAGAUACUCUCGACAACAAAGUCGUUUCUUAUGUGUAA